UCGACCGCAACGACGCAGAGCAGAGAACAUUUCUCUCUCUCUCUCUCUAUGUGUUUCGCUAUAGCUUUCGCUCGCUUGGGGGUCACAGGCACAGACAGAAGCCAGAAGAAGCUAGAAGCGCGUUGGCCUGCCAGUAUAUCGUGGAUAGCACCAUCGACGUCGACGCUGUCCUCGUCCGUCAGCCCCAAAAAAAAAGAGACCGUCGUGAACUGUUGUUGACUGAGGGCGCUUUUGGAACCGGGAGGAAACUGAAACGCAACUGCUCAAAAUUAUUGGAAUACUAUUUGAGAUUAGCAAUCAAAUUGCAGGCGACAAAAUCAAGGAAAUCAACUUGCACAAAACUAACGGGCGCUGCUGCAAUGGAGGAGCGUGCACUGCCGCAUCGUCGUCUCUAGGGGCGGCGUCAACUCUGCUGUGUGUGCGUGUGUGUGUGGGUGUGUGUGUGUGUGCGUGCGUGAGAGGUGUCCACUGCAUGCGCCGGGAGCAUGUGCAGCCGUAGCAGCAGACUCACCAGCAGCAGCAGCAGCAGUUCCUGCGUUUGAGUCGCAAAAUGAGCGCGUGCGAAGCCGCGUCCGCUGAGGACGCUGCACCGACGUCGCCAGCCAAGGAGUCCAAGGCGCCCCCAACGCCAGCAGCAGUAGCAGCAGCAGCCACGACGGAGUUGCCCACCAGCGAUGUGCUUGCUAAUGGGCACAGCCAGGACCAGUCCGUGGAGCACCCCAAGUGCAAGGCCAAGGUCAAGAGCAAGCCCAAAGAGUCAGUGCCAGUGCCAGCGGAGGAGUCGCCUGAUAUUGCAACGGAGGAAUCGGAGCAACAGCAACACCAACACCAACAACCGGUGCUGGAAAGCACACGGAGUGUGCUUGAUGCGGUGGCUGCGCCAUCGAUUGAUGCCCUGGUCAGUUGCAAGGAGGUGCUGCUGGCACAGAAGCUAUUUGCCAGCGGAGGCACGGGACCGAAGGAACUGCUUAAGCUCAAGGAGCCGAUGCGAGUGGGCUUCUAUGACAUUGAACGGACCAUUGGCAAGGGCAACUUUGCGGUGGUAAAGCUGGCAAGGCAUCGCAUCACCAAGAACGAGGUCGCCAUCAAGAUCAUUGACAAGUCCCAAUUGGAUCACACCAAUCUCCAGAAGGUAUAUCGCGAGGUCGAGAUCAUGAAGAAACUUAAGCAUCCCCACAUCAUCAAAUUGUAUCAGGUGAUGGAAACCAAGAAUAUGAUCUACAUCGUCUCGGAGUACGCCAGUCAGGGCGAGAUAUUCGAUUACAUUGCCAAGUAUGGGCGUAUGUCGGAGUCGGCGGCCCGCUUCAAGUUCUGGCAAAUUAUUUCGGCGGUGGAGUAUUGCCAUAAGAAAGGAAUAGUGCAUCGUGAUCUUAAGGCCGAGAAUCUGCUACUCGACUUCAGCAUGAACAUCAAGAUUGCCGAUUUUGGUUUCUCCAAUCACUUCAAGCCCGGCGAACUGCUGGCCACCUGGUGCGGUUCACCACCAUAUGCAGCACCCGAGGUUUUCGAGGGCAAGCAGUACACGGGUCCCGAGAUUGAUAUCUGGUCGCUGGGGGUAGUGCUCUAUGUUCUGGUUUGCGGAGCAUUGCCAUUUGAUGGCUCCACACUACAGAGUUUGCGGGAUCGUGUGCUCUCGGGUCGCUUUCGCAUUCCGUUCUUCAUGAGCUCGGAGUGCGAGCAUCUUAUCCGUCGCAUGCUGGUGCUAGAGCCAACGCGUCGCUAUACCAUCGAGCAGAUCAAACGGCAUCGUUGGAUGUGUCCUGAGCUACUGGAGCAUGCAUUAAUUGCCAAAUAUAACGGGAAUAUGGAGCGACAAGCAGUGCUAGAGCCGAGCGAGGAUAUACUUCGAAUAAUGUCCGAGUAUGUGGGCAUUGGACCGGACAAGACGCGUGCCAGCUUGAAGAAGAACACCUACGAUCAUGUGGCUGCCAUCUAUCUGCUGCUGCAAGAUCGCGUCUCGCACAAGAAGGAGCAGAGCAAGCCGGGUCUGCUCUACAAGAGCAGCAAGCAAUCGCUGUUGCUGCUGGAUCAGUUGCCCCCACAGCAGCAACUCCUGCAGCAGCAAUUGUUGCAGCAACAGCAACAACAGCAUCAACAGCAACAGCAGCAGCAAUCAAAGACAAUAUCCACCACGGUCCUGGCCAAGGAACCGAUACACAAAAGACUUAGUCGCCACCAGACUGUUUUGAUGAGUGAGCGCUCCACUGCCGAUCCCUACUAUGCAGUCAAACAGCAGGCCCAUCCUCAUCCUCAUCCUCAUGCCCAUGCCCAUGGUCACAGCCAUGGCCAUGCGCAUGGUCACGGCUAUGCCCGCUAUAUGAAUGGCGAUGAUGGCCCCCAUGGCCCUGUCAUAGCCAUGCCUACAAGGUAUACGCCACUGCCAGUGGGCAACAGCAGCUCCCGCGUGAGUCAUCAUAGCUUAAGCUCGCCGCGAAGCAUGCAACGACCCGUAGGCAUCUCGCUGAGCAUCGAUAGCAGCAGCAGCAGCAGCGGUGGUCAGCUGCCAUCGCUCGCUAAUCUGCGGUGCAGGGAGCUGCUGCUCAAUGCCAGCCAGCAACUGGAUCAAGGCGGUCAUCAGCAUCUGGCAUCGCCGGUGCCCAAACAGCUGCAUCAGACCAUUAGUGAGUACAUCAUCAAGCAGAGCACCGAGGAUUGCCGCCAACUGCUGCAGCAGUCCACUGCCAUUGCCGAGACGAAGAAGGAGGAGGAGCAGCAGACGGCUUCUAGUGCGGCACCAGAGCAUGCCACCACCAACGCCACCUCGACGCCCACUGCCGACCAAAUUCAGCAUCAACACAAUAGCAACAAGACAAUAAAGCCCAUGUCUAGCUCAAGUAGCUUCGACUCCACCACCAAUCUCAAUCAGAGCUUUCGCUUUAAGAUGUCCGCGGAGGCCAGUCGUCUGUUCCAGACUCUGCAGGAGAGUCCGCUUCCCAUAGAGAAACCGAAGCGAAAAGGCGCCACAACGAAUGGCAACAGCAAUGGCGAUGUGGGCAAAUCAAAUGAGAUUGCUGGAGGACAGCAGACUAAACCGAAUGGCGAUGGGCGCGAGAAGAAGACUUUUGAGAAGAAGGUGUUGGCGCAGGGCAGCUCCAGCACCGACGAAGGCUGCGACACGGAUCAGGGCAACGAGGGCGCCAAGGAGGGCUCCCAAUCCUCGACGGAUUUGACAAGUGCACAGGCGACCCGAACACGCUCCUAUGCAAGUAGCAGCAGCUCAAGCGGUGUGCUCGCUGGCAGCUAUUCGAAGAGUCUCAGCCAGAAUUUGAGUCGUGGCUCCUCGAAGAGCAACUGCAGCGCCUACGAGAGUUUGGACUUUGUGUUGCCCUCCGGCAGUUUGCCAUCCUGUAUGAGCAACUCGAUGCUGGCGGCAGCUGCAGCAACGGCCGCAUCAGCGACUGCAGCUGCAUCCGCUGGCAUCUCCAGCGGCCACUCGUCGGAGAUCUCACUGUAUAGCAGCCACAACUCGUGCAUCCAUAUGCCCAGCGCCCUCCAGGGCCAGGGUCAGGGGCCGGGACAGGCACCGGGUAGCAACCAGUCGCCGGCGCCGCCGCCGCCGCCACCGCCCUUUGUGGACAAGCGUUCGCCGAUCCACUUCCGGGAGGGUCGACGCGCCAGCGACGGCCUGGUGGCCCAGGGUCUGCUCAGCUCCAGCUCUCUGCUGGGCGCGAGUCGUGUCUAUGGCAGCUAUCGCUACGAACAGGCCAAACGUCAUGGCUGGCUGGAGAUACAGCAGCUGCAACAGGAGGCUGCCAUCUACGGUCAUAUGCAUCAUCCGCACUCGCAUCCCCAUCCGCACGGACAUCCACAUGGACAUACCAUGGCCCAUCACGGCCAGCUGACGCUGGAGGAGCUCAGUCUAGCCAAUUGUCAAUUUCCACACGGUCAAUUCUAUGCGAUGCCCGUGAAACCAUCGCUGUCCUAUAUGCCGCCAGCGCCGCCCCAGGCGCUACUCCUCCAAGAUGCCGCACCGAGUGAUCUCUUUGCCGGCCAUGCUGGCAACUGCUAUGCACCGCCACCGCCGCCGCCAGGGGUCUAUCCUCCGCAGCAUCACCAUCAGCAGCAGCAUCAGCAUCUGGCCGCCAUGUCGCCCAUGCAGAAGCCACCGCUGCAGCAGCAGCUCCUGCAGCAUCGUCUACUUCAGCAGAAGCGUCAGCUCUUCCAGAAGCAGUACGCACUGGAGGCACAGCUGGCCGGGCGGCAUCACCAGCAGCUGCAGCACUACAAUCACAGCCAGCUGCAUGCGCUGGCCACGCAACCGGCAUCGGAACAGCACCUCGCGGAGGAGCUCUACGAGCUGGCCAUGCUCGAGCGUCCGCGCAGUGGACCGCCGCGACUGCAGCACUCGUUGACCAUGCCGGGAGCGCAUGCCUUCAGUCAGAUGAACCUGAAGACGUCGUACAUCAGUCAGCCGGCCAGCGAGUCGUUGCCUGGAGUGGCUCAAGCGCCAGGCGCAGGGGGAGCACCCGCUGGAGUGGUUGUGGUGGGAGCUGCAACGGUAACUGGAGCUGCUGGAGGAGCUGCAUCGGCGCCACCACCGUCCACGACACCUCCAGCGACACCGCCGCAGUCGAUGCAUCAACACGCUCAUGUCCAUGGUCAUGGGCACAAUCAUAGUCACGGUCAUGGCCAUGGCCAUCACCAUCACGGGCAUGUGGUGCACCAUACUGCGGUGCUGGGCGAGACAACGACCACGUCCGAAUACCAUGUGAGAUCGCAGACAACGACGACACCGGUUCUGAGUUUGUUCCAGCCUAGCUGGCAGACGCUGGUCAAGCCGCUCAGCGAGAGUCCCAUACUGGAAAUCUCUGAGCAUCUGGAGUCCGUCUGAUGUAAGCCCUUUUCCUAGUACUACUAUUCUCUCCCCUCCCUCACCAAGGACGCGCAGCACAGUGAGGCAAAAUCGAUUUUUUUAUUACGCUCGCAAUCGCAAUUAAAACAAAAUUAAAUUAAAAGUAGAAGUAACAUUAACAUACAGAAGUUGAAUACAAAUAAUUUUAUCCAUAUACAUUGCAUAAAAAGUACUAUAGAAAUAUAUAUAUAUAUACGAUAUAUUUAUCGAUAUACGAUAACACGGAACACACUCACACACUUACAUAUACAUACAUUUUUAGGCUUACAUAUACAUAUAUACUUACAUAUAUAUACCAUAUAUACAUAUACAUAUACCUUUAGCGAUCCAAAAACAAAUGACCGAACGAUUUAUCGAUAUCGCCAUACCAUAAUAAUACUGAAUACUAGAGACAGUGCUUACUGUAUACUGAAUACUGAAUAUGGUCGAUGCUGGAUACUGGAUACUAGAUACUGGAUCAUUUAGUUGUGUUAUUAGCCUUAAGUAGUCCAAGUUUUCGUACACAUUAACAAACACUGGCAUAUACAAUAUGUAUCUAUUGAUAAUAAUUAUGUAUUAAGUGCUCUCUACUCUGUAUUGUCUGGUUGGUACUAGCAAAGAUUCUAAAUUCGCCACACAAAACCAUAUAAUGAUAACGGUAACGAUAACGAUGGCGAUGACGAUUACGAUUAUGAUAACGACGAUAACGAUAACAACGCAAACAAAAAACUACAUUCAUUCAUACAUACAUUCAUACGUAUAUCAAUUAUUCAAAGCAUUUAUUGAAGGUAUAGGGAUAUACAAAAUUCCUAUUUCUAUAUACAUAUACACGCAUACAUGCACACAUACUUAUAUAUGUGUAUGUAUGUAUUCAUAUUCUGUUACAGAUAUGUAUGUAUUGGUACAAUAAUUAGCGACAAGCAGCAAAAACAAAAAAAUACAAAAAAGGAAAAAAACAUCGAUUGUUCUUAAACAUGGAAUUCAAAUGUAAAAUCCAGAUAUUAAAAAAAAAAUAAACAAUCAAAACCAAA